AUGGCGCCUGUGUUGGCUGGCCGUCUGCUGUCCGCUUCGUCGCUGCCGUUGGCAUGCGUUUUUCUCUUUCUUAUCUCCAUUAUGAUCGCAAAUUGCAAUUCCACCCUCGUGUAUGACCGCGUAACAUUGCUUCACAUUCGUAAUGUGGUCAUGGACUCUGCCUAUGUUGUCCUAUGGAUUUACCUAGAAGAAGGCGCCGGUGGAGGCGCGGCAAACGGGGUGGUGUCGCUGUUCGCCGGAAAACUGCGUUGGCUCGAGAGAUCGCCGCGCGGCACCCGUCCUGCGAGUUGGGAGCCCGGGCUUGUGGACGUGGCACAGGAAGGUGUUUUCCUGAGGCUCAGUUCCAGCGGCCAUGUGCGAGCAUCCCAGUUAUUAUUUCCACGCAUCGUCAUGCGAUGUCUCUUCAUCCUCACCGUGGCGGAGUUAAUUCAGGUAACCUCCGGCCUCUGUGUCGUGCAACAACACAGUGUUGUCUGUGAUAAGUGGAGUGUGGGUUAUCCUCCUACGAUCUGUGCUGCGAGGGGAUCCAAUGUCACUAUUAACUGUACAUUUAUUUAUCCACAUGAAUAUACCGUAACACAAGUGAAAUGGUGUUCAAUGAGAUCAAACUUUGACAAAUGUCACAAUCCACCAUCUGUUUAUGAUAGUGAAGCAAACAGUAAUCAAAGAAACUUUCAAUACAUUGGAAACAAAACCUCGGAUUGUUCACUUUUGAUCAGUAAUAUUAAUCAAGCACAUUCUGGAGUGUAUAAAUUUAGAUUUAUAACCGAUAAGACAGAUGGAUGUUGGACAGGUGAUCCUGGAGUGGAUAUUUCAGUACACGAUUUAAGCGUGUCCAUGUGGAGGUCAAGAGAACAUGGAAGCACAAUACCUGGAGACUCUUUGAGUCUGACAUGCACUCUCAACUGUUCUGGUAGUUUAGCCGAGGUUCAGUGGUUUAAGAAUGGUGAUCCGAUUCAACAGUCAGAUCCCGUCCUCACUUUCAGCAGAAUAACCGCUAAAGACUCUGGGAAUUACUCUUGUUCUUUGAGAAACUUUAAAACAACUGUGUCUGAAGAAUUUACCAUUUACAUUGAAGAGGUCGCCGGUUCCCCAACAGUUCUGAUUAUUGUGGUGUCUUUAUUCUCACUUGCUUUCAUCACUGCAGCUGUGAUGCUUAUAAGAAGAAGGAAAGCAAAAACUCAAAGAAAACCAAUGGAAGAAAGAGAAGAAGAAGUCCAGGAUUCUCUUUACAGCACCCCUCAAAAAACUGCUUACACAAACCUAACGGAAGCCAAGGAUAUACAGCAGGAAGAUGAAGUAGAAUAUUCAUCUGUCAACAUUAAACCCAAACAAAUGCUUCAAAUAUUUGCAAACACAGAGAAGCAGGAUGAUGCCACCAUCUACAGCGCAGUGAUGAACGGUUAAUCUCAUACUGUACAUUCAGCAGUGAAGAUACAGUACUGUACUGUAACAUGUUUGAGGGUCUGUGUGUUUUAUCUUUAAAAAUGUCAGAUGAACUGUCUCUGGCUAGUUCUCUUUCUUAUGUGCUUCAUUUGAACAGUUUUAAAAACAUUGUGUUGCAGCUGCGUUGAGAGUAG